AUGGAAGAUAUCAUGCAUUUGAGUUCGGGCCAUGGAGGGCCGUCGAUCCGUCCGCUUCUGACUACGUUGCUCCUGCUAGAACCUUCCGCCCUGACACCGUCCCAACUGUCAUCGGAUCUACUCAUGCGGCAACGUAUGUUGGGUCUACCCUCCACAACGCCCCACGCAUACGACAUCGAAUUCUCUCACUCGCUCGACCCGUCCUCCGAUGGUGAAGUCACUGCAUCACAGCAAAACUUCGUAUCCAGACUGUCGCGUCCUCCUUUCGAGUUUUCCAUCCAAUGCCUCGACGUGGCUGCGACGGCACGGUACUUCUUCGCUUUGCGAUCAAAGGCACGACACGACGCCGCGAAUGCAGACGUGGAUCCGAUCAACUUGAGCGAGUACGAUGUGUGGUGCUCCGAAACGUGGCACAAUAAGCCGCAGGACGCGAUUUGGCUCCAAGUUCCAGGAGUGAGGGGAGCGCCCGAAGAGCCGGUAUUGUGGAUGAUGCUGACGGAGGGGGACGAUGGCGAGUGGAAGUUGGCGAAUUUGUUCGCAUUGGACGGUGCAGAGCAUCGGAACUUGGUGGUCCAGCUGCAUCGUCGUACAGAAGGCUGCAAUCGGAUGCAUCGACAGUCUCGUAAGCCGCAGGAGGAAGAGGAAGGUGGAGCAGAGUACAUCAACGAUGCUAACGACUUUUGGGGUGGGUUUUCCGAUGAAGGGGACCAGGGGCGCGAUGUCGACGAAGCUGCAAGAGAAGGUGAUGUGCCGAAUUCAAUGUUGGAUCUGCACGUAGCAGGUGGAUCUCAGGUACCGACGACAGCACAGGAAGCGGCGAUCAAGGACAUCAUCCGCGGCGCUUACACUUUGCAUCGUUCAGCACGGGCGACGGAAUCAGAUCGAGGUUCCGAAGAAGCCUUUCUGGCACUCGUUCGAUCCGCGAUCUCGACAGCAGGCAUAUGA